CAACUGUCAUUUUGACAUUAAUCCGCAUUAAUCACAAAGUUAUUUGUCAUCAACAUAUUUUACAAUUACAUUUCUAAUUUUUAAAACACAAUGUCUAUAAAUCAAGAUAAUCGACCUGAACUCUAUGAAGAAGUUAAGUUGUAUCAAAACGCUCGUGAACGAGAAAAAUUCGAUAACUUAGCCGAUUUGUACGCCGUUAUUAAUACGCUUCAACAAUUGGAAAAAGCUUACAUUAGAGAUUGUGUUACACCAAAAGAAUAUACAGGAGCUUGCAGUAAAUUACUGGUGCAAUAUAAAGCAGCCUUCAGACAGGUUAAAGGCGAUGAAUUUCCUAAUGUAGACGCGUUUGUGCGCAAAUACAGAUUGGAUUGUCCGGCUGCUUUGGAACGAAUUAAAGAAGAUCGUCCAAUAACAAUAAAAGAUGAUAAAGGAAACACCAGUAAAUGUAUAGCAGAUAUAGUUUCAUUAUUUAUAACAUUAAUGGAUAAAUUAAAAUUGGAAAUGCGUGCUAUGGACGAUCUUCACCCAGAAUUGAGAGAUUUAGUGGAUACAAUGAAUAGAUUGAGUAUCCUCCCUGCAGAAUUUGAGGGAAAGCAAAAAGUUGCAGAGUGGUUAAACACUUUAAAUAAUAUGUCUGCUUCUGAUGAAUUAUCAGAAAGCCAAGUUAGACAGCUUUUAUUCGAUUUAGAAUCUUCUUACAGUGCUUUUAAUAAAGUAUUGCAUAAUUCAUCAUAAAAAACUAACAACUGUCUUGUUUGUGCUUUUUUUAUUUUGAUGUAAAUUUAAGACUAAAAAAUUAUUGCUGUAGAUUUCAAGUUAUUAUAAAAAUUAGU